AAGCAAAUGACAAGUUCACAUGUAAGAUCAAGAUUCGAGAGAGAUCGUGUAUCGGCCGUCUGAUUCAGAUCCAACGGCCAUCAAGGAACAAAGAAGAUGCAGAAGACGAAUUUUACGCUGGUGCUUUUGCCGACCGGCUUGAGAUCCGGAAAGUGUUUGGAAUGUAUCCACGUGGUAGCAGGCGAUAGGAGGCUGAUGUAUCUGGUUACGGGUUACGUGUCCAAAUAAAUUUGCGGCAAAUCUAAGGCGGCGAUAUGUCGGCGGCCGGUGCAAGCCCUUUGGCCGUUGCACCAAUCAUAGCCCCCACCACCACCACACGUCGCCGUGUCGGAGAUUCUUUAGAAACCACCUCCGAACGACCUUCCAUUUCCUCCGAUUACUGCAACAACAACACAGUCAACAUCGCCGUCUCGCCGGAUUUAGACGACGGUGAAACAGGUUUACAAGGCGGCGCGUGUUCUUCACCUUCCUCAAUUGGUUCCUCCUCUAGCGGAUCUCAUUACCACCACGAUCAUCACUACCAUCAUCAUCCAACGAUUCGGUACCUUCUCCUCCGUAAACUACGGUUACCGUUUCUCUUCGACGGUGGUGGAUCAACGGCUGUGGUGGGUCAAGGAUGGUGGUUCUGUUCAGGGAGAAACGUGGGUCGUCGGAUCUUGGGUCUUCUCAUGAUCCUCGUCGUCGCUUCUCUCUUCCUUAGAGUUUCUCUCAUGAGUGGCCGCGUCGUUGACCAAGCACACCGGAGAGAUUUGAACGAGCUUGUCGUCGUACGGACGUUACACGAAGAUUGGUCAAUGGCUCAACGUGCAAUGACGGAGAACGUCGUCAUUGAGAAACUUCCCAUUCCGGAAAUAUGGCAGAAACCUGAAAGUGGAAAUUAUCGCCAGUGUGCGUCACGUCCUAAGAACCGUUCAAGGCUGCGUAGGAAAACCAACGGUUAUCUUUUAGUACACGCGAAUGGCGGAUUGAAUCAGAUGAGAACUGGGAUAUGUGACAUGGUUGCUGCAGCAAAGAUUAUGAAUGCGACUCUUGUUCUUCCUCUCCUCGACCAUGAAUCUUUCUGGACUGACCCAAGUACUUUCAAAGAUAUUUUUGACUGGAGACACUUCAUGAACGUAUUGAAAGAUGAUGUUGACAUUGUCGAGUACUUACCUCCCCGAUAUGCAGCCAUGAGACCUCUCCUCAAGGCUCCUGUUUCUUGGUCCAAGGCUAGUUACUACAGAAGCGAGAUGUUACCGCUGUUGAAAAAACAUAAGGUGGUAAAGUUCACACACACCGAUUCGCGCCUGGCCAACAAUGGCUUGCCACCAUCAAUCCAGCGGCUGAGAUGUCGUGCUAAUUACCAGGCAUUAGGGUACUCCAAGGAGAUUGAGGAUUUUGGGAAAGUUCUGGUUAACCGGUUACGAAACAACAGUGAACCCUUCAUUGCUCUGCAUUUGAGAUACGAGAAAGAUAUGCUUGCAUUUACAGGCUGCAGCCACAAUCUCACAGCUGGAGAAGCUGAAGAGCUGAGAAUAAUGAGGUACAAUGUUAAACAUUGGAAGGAGAAAGAGAUUGACAGCAGAGAGAGGCGGAUCCAAGGCGGUUGCCCGAUGUCUCCCCGAGAAGCAGCAAUAUUUCUGAAGGCAAUGGGAUAUCCGUCCUCAACAACUGUAUACAUAGUUGCUGGUGAAAUCUAUGGAGGAAACAGUAUGGAUGCUUUUCGAGAAGAGUACCCAAACGUCUUUGCUCAUUCAUACUUAGCAACUGAAGAAGAGUUAGAGCCCUUUAAGCCAUACCAGAACCGCCUGGCUGCUCUGGAUUACAUUGUGGCACUUGAAAGCGAUGUUUUUGUAUAUACAUAUGAUGGGAAUAUGGCUAAGGCGGUACAAGGGCACCGGAGGUUUGAAGGGUUUAAGAAGACUAUCAAUCCAGACAGGUUAAAUUUUGUGAGAUUGAUAGAUCAUUUAGACGAGGGUGUAAUGUCUUGGGAUGAGUUUUCAUCAGAAGUAAAGAGAUUACAUAACAACAGGAUUGGAGCGCCAUAUGCGAGACUGCCCGGUGAAUUCCCUCGGCUAGAGGAGAAUUUCUACGCGAACCCACAACCAGAUUGCAUAUGUAACAAGUCUCAGCCUGAGCAACUGUGGAAAUCAGGAGAGUCAGAUAGAUGGAAGAAGAGUGCUUCAAGAUAGAAGAAAAUACACAGUGAACACAAUA